AUGCCAAAUAACCCCGGUAAUGACAUCGAUCCCAACGCGAAUUCGAGGCGCGCCGCUGCAGAAGGCGCCAUAAUGUUCCUCAAAAUGCUUUGGCAGUUGGUCGUGUUCAUCGCACUUUGGCGGUCGACACUCGACAACUUUAAGCUCGCCCGCGCGCUCUGGAGGCUCUCUCAGUUGCCUGAGCAUCCCCAGGCAGAAGAAUCCCAGCCGAAUGCUACAAUUCAGAACAAUAACGUAGCCCAAGCGGAGCCUGGUGACCAGCAGACAAUACGCCAGAGGCCGUCAGGCAGGACGACGGAUCGACUUGCAGAGGACGGAGAUGAGACCAUAGUAAUCAUGAUUAAUUAG